AUGAUUAGCUUUAAAAAAGGCUAUAAGAGUUAUCGCCCUCGUCAGGGCGAAUCACAACGUCUUCAGAUCCUCUUGUCAGGAUCCUCCAGUGGAAUGCUGCCAAUAACAUCGUCUUCAGAUCCUCCAGUGGAAUGCUGGAGGGAUGUCACAGGACAAAAAGAUCCAAGUCAAGAAAAUCCUACACCAACGUCUUCAGAUCCUCCAGUGGAAUGCUGGAGGGAUGUAACCGGGCAAUAA